GUUACUGAGCGUUCAGCUCCCGAGGACUGUUUAGUUGAGGGGCCUUGGGCACCGUCGAUUUCUUUUUUCAGAAGAGGAUUAUGGAUAUCCUGUUCAACACUGAACAGCAACACAGCAGAACUAAAAUUCAAAACAUUAUAACGAUACGAGUCAUACGAUAACGAUAUAAUGACGCACGGCUUCACUUUCUUCUCUAUUUGAUAAGCUUCAGAAAACAAAUAUGAAGACAUGAAACACCAGUUUUAAAGGUUGACAUUCUUUAUCUAAAGAUUUGAAUGAGGUCAUAAAUCUGCUAUUCAUCUUCUGUGUCAACGGCAUUGGACAGCUGGGCUGAACUUGAGCAUCAGAGCUGAAGACGAUGACCACCGAAAGCUCUCUGGACUCCACCAGCCCCAUGAGGACGGGUUCGGCGUCAAGCGGGAUGCAUCCCGGAAUAAUGGACACUUCGACUGGUUCUGAAAGCCAGGCCAUAGUGACCAGCAAAGGUAAAAAGAGCAGCUCGGGAAUGCGGCGUCCCGAAAAGCCACCCUACUCUUAUAUUGCGCUCAUUGUGAUGGCGAUCCAGAGCGCACCGACAAAGCGUCUCACUCUGAGCGAGAUUUACCAGUUCCUGCAGACGCGGUUUCCUUUCUUCAGAGGCACUUACCAGGGAUGGAAGAAUUCCGUUCGACACAAUUUGUCCCUAAAUGAGUGCUUCAUUAAGUUGCCCAAAGGCCUGGGGCGCCCUGGAAAAGGCCACUACUGGACCAUUGAUCCUGCGAGUGAAUUUAUGUUCGAGGAAGGCUCCUUCCGGCGGAGACCGCGGGGAUUUCGGAGAAAAUGUGAAGUGCUGAAGCCCAUGUACCGCAUGAUGAAUGGCCUCGGGUUCACUUCCGCCAUUUUACCCCAAAAUUUUGACAUGCAACCUCCAACCUGUCAUGCUAAUGGUUACAACCUAGACGUGAUCUCAGGACCAGUGGCUGGUGGCGGGUAUGACCCUCUAAAAAUUGGCCCCUAUGGACACAUGGGUAAUUGUCCACUUCCGACAAAUGGAAACUAUGGAGCAAACACCAGUAGUCCAGUCUCCUCUUGUUCAACGGGCAGUUCAAUUGACGGGCAUUCACAGUAUUCUGGGACAGCUCACCACUGGCCUUCUUCUCCUUACCUAAAGCGCACUAGCUCUAGUACAGGGUCCUCUGCACAACAGCAAAGUACAUCAUCAUUAUCUUCAUCCUAUUCGAUGGAGCAAGCUUAUCUGCAGCCGAGCAACAGACAUGGUGCAGACAUGACAGUGGACGUAUCUUGCUAUCAGGCCCAUUCCACUCCUGUGGAUGAACGAAAAGACUUUGUGUUAAACUUCAGUGGAAUCUCAACUCUCCAUCCGCCUGCUAGUGGAUUUUAUUCUCAUCACCAUCAUCAUUAUCACCAGCAGCAGCACGUUCAGCCGAGUGUACAGCAGGACGUCAAGCCGUGUGUAAUGUGAAGGAAACUGAUCAUAUUCACAUAUCUAGGAACCAGAAGAUCCAACACACCCAAGCCAGUCGUGUUUUUUUAUUUUUAUUUUUAUUCUUUGUCUAGUCCAUUAGAGUUGAGGCAAUGAUGUCUAUAAGGGUGUAUUAGAGGCCCAUUCUUUAAACAUUCUGUUCUGUUCUCUUCAUUCUCUCUUUGGCACAUGUUUUUAAGACAGGGGAAACAACAAAAUGUGCAGAGCAGGAACUGAGUAAAGAUCUAACAAAGAUUUAUUAUCUGAACACGCGUAGUGCUUGCAGAAAACUGUUACAGCUCUCGACACUAAUGUCACUUUUGUGUGGAGGAGCUGUGACCACUUUACCGUCUAACUGUCUAACUGUACAUAAUCAAACGUAGCAUAUAAAGAAAGGAUACAUUAUUAUUAUUAUUAUUAUUAUUAUUAUUAUUAUAUAAAUCUGACAUUAAACAUCAAAUGAUAUAAUUAAAAAGUAUAUAAAACUGUACUAUUAUAAUACCAGGUUGAUGUAGGCUACAUUAGUACGUGUAUUACUCGCCUGGUAAGCCAAAGGUGAUUUCAUCACCCUGUUUUACAACUGUCUAUAGAAAGCAAUUAAAUAAACCAGUAAUGAAAAGCUGCAAUAACUGUAGAAAAUGAAGGCUUUUACUGAAGGAGAAUUGUCAUGUUUUAUCAUUUUAUCUAUAAGAUAUAACAGGAAAAGGUUCAAAUGAAAUCCUGGGCUUUUGCAAAAAAUGUUUGUGAGAUUUUUCUUGCUUCAGAAAUGACACAGAUUGAAAUCCUGGCAUUUUGUUCGUAUAUUUUCGUAUUUGAGGUUUGACAAUUCACACGAAAGAAGGCCUUGAAGUGAGUCUAUGCACAUUGAAACAACAGUAACAAACUGUGAUGUUGCCCCGCCAUCUAGCGGCGAGGUUUUGCCACGGCGCCAUCACACAUCUAUGGAUUUUUUUGUCUUUGUUUUCAAAAUUGCUAAAACAUACAGUUAUUAUACAGUGCCACAUUAGGCCUACAUGCCACUGUACAUACACAGAAUAAAUAAAUAUUAAUUAUUUAGAAGGAGUGUUUUGUGCGCAUUAUGGCAUGGAAUAAACUUGUAGCUUCAGCAAGAGGGCAUGCAGGAAUGGGCUUAAGUCCAAAUUCCUAUUGAGCAUAUAACACCCACCAUGCACACCCAGGAGGCACACAAUGAAAUGAAUAUUUGGCACAGUGAGUAGAGACCUCCUACACAAUCAGUCUGGGGGGGGAAACGUGUGGAAGCAGUUCACCAGAAUUAAGUAAGGCUGCUUGUUAUUAAGUUAGAAUUUGUUAUUGUAAUUAUUAAGUUAGUGUGUGUAUUUUUGGUAGCCAAAAGAAUGCAAUACAUAGGAAAAAAAAACACUUUAGAUAUUAUUUUGGAGGAGAAAUGGAAAUAAUACAGUAAUGGCAAAGUAGCAAAAAUGGGAUAGGGUUAGUUUAUGUAAAGGCAAGUAAUUAUGCAACCUAAAAUCUUUUUGGGAACUGCAUUUUAGUAUUUAUGAAUUGUAAUUGCAAAAAUAAUUGUAAGAUCGACAAUAAAUCCUGAUUGUUUUUUAUAUUAUUCAAAAGAGGUAAAUCAUUGGUGAAUAGAUAGAUAGAUAGAUAGAUAGAUAGAUAGAUAGAUAGAUAGAUAGAUAGAUAGAUAGAUAGAUAGAUAGAUAGAUAGAUAGAUAUGUUACUGUUAUUAUUAAGUUAGAAUGUGAAUUUUUGGUAGUAUUUUUGGUAGCCAAAAGAAUGCACACUACAUAGCAGAAAAAAACAGUGAUAAUAUUUUAGAUAUUAUUUUGGAGGAGAAAUGGAAAUAAUACAGUAAUGGCAAAGUAGCAAAAAUAGGGUUAUCUAAAAUCUUUUUGGGAACUGAAAAACUCUUACCUCUUUGGAGAACAGAUGAAGAAUCCUAUCUGUUAUAGUCUAUGCUGAUAAAUCGCAUGCAAAGAAUUAAGUAUAAAGGUUUGGAAGUUAAUAAAUAAUAAAUCUGAAUAUGAUUUCAGCCAUAGCACAUUAUUUUUUGGUCACACUCAUUCACAUGGAACGUUAGGUCACAUUUGCAGCUUGGACCUUGGGCAAUAUUACACUGCCGCCUUGUGUUAAACAGUUGUAACAAAAUCAUGUCAGUCAAUCUUUAUUCCCAGCACAUUCGAAGACAAGAAAUGUCCGCCAAAGGUCUGUACAAUAAAUAGUUAAUCAAAGUUAAGAAAGGUUACCUAGUUAACAUAAUUAAACCAAUCGUUUUCAAGUGAGAAAUAUAACCUGUAACUGUAUAACCACCAUAUACAGAGCAAAUAGACUGUAAUUACUUCUUUUUCAAAUCUUAAAAGUGGCUUCUGAAGGAGGACGCUCAUGUCAAAAUAAGGUAUAGCAGAUCACAGAGCCGUUUUCUUCCAAGACAGACUAGCCUUCUAUUCUGCUACUCACACACCUGAACUUAGACAAGUGUUUUUUAACUCCAGCCAUGGAGAACAAACGCCUGCAUGUUUUGACAAUUUUCCCUAUAGAACUGGAGUUGAACACCUCUGUCUAAAAUUACCUAUACAUGGACAUCAUCAGCGAUAAUAUAAAGAAAAAAUGAGAGGGGGGACGGAGGAAGUAAAGGAAAUUACACAGAGUAUGUAUUUAAGGGGGAAACUAGGUUUAUACAAAAAGAUGAAGAGCCUAAUAUGAAUUUAUGAAUGAUUUAUGAACUGUAAUUUCCAAAAUCAUUUUAAGAUCGACAAUAAUCCUGUUUGUUUUAUAUAUUAUUCAAAAGAGGUACAUGUUAUGUGAAUAUAUAUAGGCCAACCAAAGCCAGAAAACUGCUUCAUGAAAAGUACCUAGAAGUUUAGACUGAAAUCAAAAUGAUGAAAUGAAAUAGAAAAUAAUGUGGACAUAAAAAUACUACAUUAACACGAGAAGAUUUCUCCGAUCUUCUGGGUUUUCAGGAUUGUUACACGAAAACUUGAGAAAAGUCCAGAAGCCGUUACUUCGGGGGAAAAAACUAUUACUCAAAUUCAUAAUGCAAUUCAUGUCACUUAAAAUAUUUUCACCUUAUUCAAAAUCUUAACAUUACAUUAUAACCUUUUUAUUUCAAUACAUUCUCUCAUUUAUUAAAAUGUCUAUAGAUACCGCCCCCCCCACACACACACUUAUUAGGAGACGAUUCUAACAUGAUCAUUAAUUUAAUGCAUAAAGAAUUAUAUUAAUUGCUUUCUUAUAUUCUUUUUGAAAUUGUACUGGGGUUUGAGCCACAUAUCCAGAUACCCAGCUCUCCAGCGAUUCGUAAUCAUUAACAUGGUACAUGAGUGUCUUAUAAACAGAUUUCAAUUAGGCAGAAGUCGCAUGAUUACUAGGUGAUUAAUAACGGGUUUGAUUAAAAACAAAUGGCAUCUGUAUAUCCGCUUUUUACAUUUUUACAUAAAUCAUCUGUUUUCAAUAUUGCUUAAAUUAAUCAUUACACACGCCACGAGGGGGCAGCCAAUGACAGAGCGCAAUGCGUAGCACUUGACUAAUCAAUUUCUUGUUCAGUAAAAGCACAUAUUUUUAAACACUCAGUAGCUUACAAAAUAUAUACUGGGGAAAGUGUAGGGUACCAAGACGAUAGAGAUUAUGUUGAAGAUGAUCUGAUGGAGCUGAAGAAUCAAGAACCAAUUGUACAAAGCUAAUUAAAUAUUUUAGUAGCUUUAUGGUGCUCUCUCUCUCUCUCUCUCUCUCUCUCUCUCUCAUUACAUUUAAUAAUAAAUAAAUACAUGCUUAGCACUAAGUAUUAGUAUUAGAGAAGCAUUAGAGCAAUAUUAGACAGCAGUAUUAGAUAUCAUACCGCUUAAUUUAUUCGUUACUAGAAUAAAUAAAGCUGCAAUCUCUUUAAAAAAAUGUUUGCCAUUUUCCGGUGAUGCUGCUUGACAAAUGCUCCACUAUCAACUAAUGUACAUUUAAUAACUAUAUCCACCUUCAAAUGCAUUGAAAGCAAUUUAUAAUUAGGUGCAUUUUAAAAUAUUAAAAACAGUUCAAAGGAAAUCCAUCCUCCUUUGGCAGACACUGGGCGCUGGUUGGUAAUUACAGCUACAGCUGUAUAAGUAAAAUAUAUGGAAUAUAUAAAGGAUAUUUUGGUAUGAUAAAAUGUGAACAGGAGUUUUAAUACUGCAGCUGGACGGCAUGUGUGAAAUUAGCUCUAGACAAAAACAUACGCCGUUUCUUCCCACACACUGUGCUUAAAACUUCU